UAACAAAAUAAAACUAAAAAACAUUUUCUAUUUUUUUAGCUUGCAACAGUAAUUUUAAUUUUGACAGCGCCAACUAGUGGCCAAUUUCCGAAACUUCUUAUUGAUAUCUUUCGCUCUAUGUUCAUGUUGUAACUUUCUUGUUAAAAUUUGUGUUACUUGCUGACAAACCUAAUGUUUAUUGAAUAUGUGCUCGUGUUUGGUUUGUUCUCGGAUAUAAUGAAUUAAAAAUCACGUCUCAAUGUAUAUGUUAUGCGGCAAGUUCCUUUCAAACCCAAUGACAUUAGAUGAACUCGAUGUGCGUUUUGGCCAUUUUACUUGGCUUGCGUUGGUGAUUCGUACAUAGUCACGUGACCAAAGUGGUUUUUGGAUCAAUGGCGCCAAAUGUCUGUUACAGAAAAUGUAUGUAAAAUAUGAGGUAUUUGAGCUUAUUUACAUUAUUAUGGUGAAGUUCGUUAUAAGUUUUUACUAUUAGUCAUACAUUCACAGCUAGGAAAGACGGGAAUGAUGCGUAGGGCUCAUGUCAAUCUGGCAACAAAACAGUGCUGCUAUCUAUGUUGUCAAUUUUGUUAUGUAGUCUCUAAUGGAGACUACCAGAUAAAUAUUUACGGUUAAAUAAAGAAGAAUGGAAAUAUCUUAGCAGUAAUAAAGAGUUCUGUUGUACCAUUUGCAUUAUUCAAUAUUAAAGUGCCAUCAUGUAGUAAAUGAUGUGACAUUUUACACGAUGCUACUGCCGCGUUCUAAGUGUAAAGCAGUAGUUGGUUCGUGAACAUGUAGGUUGUGGAAGUGCUAACAGAGAUGUCUAUGAGAGGGAAUAAGCGAGCAACUGGGCUGCGUGGAGAGUCCAGCCAGCCAGGCACAUCCAAGGCAAGCCAGCCAAGCACAUCUAAGGCUAGCCAGCCAAGUACAUCCAAAGCUAGCCAGCCAAGUACAUCCAAAGCUAGCCAGCCAAGUACAUCAAAGGCUAGCCAACCAAGUACAUCUAAAGCAAGUCAGCCAAGUACAUCAAAGGCCAGCCAGCCAAGUACAUCAAAGGCUAGCCAACCCAGCACAUCAAAGGCGUGUCAGCCAAGCACGUCUAAAGAUUGCCAGCCAAGCACAUCCAAAGAGUGCCAGCCGAGUACAUCCAAGGCGUGCCAGCCAAGCACGUCCAAGGCGUGCCAGCCGAGCACAUCGAAGGACUGCCAGCCGAGCACAUCCAAAGCAUGCCAGCCAAGCACAUCCAAGGCUUGCCAGCCGAGCACAUCCAAGGCAAGCCAACCUGGCACAUCCAGGCAGAGUCAGCCUGGCACAUCCAGGCAAAGUCAGCCCAGCACAUCAAAACAGAGCCAGCCUGGCACAUCCAGGCAGAGCCAGCCCAGCACAUCUAAACAAUGCCAGCCUAGCACAUCCAAGCAGUGCCAGCCUAGCACAUCUAAAUGUGAGCCAGGUCCAUCUGGCACGUCUAAACGCCGUAGAGCAGAGCCUGAUGACUGGCAGCUCAGACCAGAUGUGAAGAUGUCGUCCAUAUACAACAGAAGUGCCUCUGAGGCACCAGCAGAACUAUUCAGGAAAGACCUGAUCAGCGCCAUGAAGCUGCCAGACUCGGAGCCACUGACGCCGAGCGAGUACUGGAUCAUCACGGACACGUGGAAGCAAGACUGGGAGCGCGGCGUCCAGGUGCCGGUGAACCCCGACUCGCUGCCGGCGCCCGUCGUCCGCAUCAUCGACAAUCCUCGCCCGCCUGACUUCAAACCGUUCAAGCUGCCGAAGGACAAGUACAUUCACUUGACGCGGGACGCUUACUACCAGCCGGACAAGCACUGCCUCAGCACUACGCCCGCAAAGGCCGAGGCGGCUUGCGCGUACGACCUCGACGCGGCGGACACCGCGUGGUUAGAGCUGCUUAACCUCGAGCGAGCGAGGGCCGGCCUCUUCCCCAUCAACGAGGACCAACUCGAGAAGGUCAUCGAGGAGCUAGAGGUUCGAACAUGGGACAAAAUACAGGCUAUUAUGAAGUCGGAGGAGGGGUUGGGCAUUGAAUAUGACGAAAAUGUUAUAUGCGAUGUCUGCCGGUCUCCGGAUUCCGAAGAUGGCAAUGAAAUGGUCUUUUGUGACUCAUGCAACAUAUGCGUGCACCAGGCCUGCUAUGGCAUAACUGUCAUUCCUGAUGGGCAGUGGCUGUGCAGACCGUGCGGCGACGGUGUGCGGCCAACAUGCGUCCUGUGCCCGAACCUUGGUGGUGCUAUGAAAUGUACUCCUUCUGGUCAUAAGUGGGCUCACGUUAGCUGUGUACUAUGGAUCCCCGAAGUGUCAAUCGGCUGUGCCGAAAAAAUGGAACCUAUUACUAAAAUAUCGUCUAUACCAGCAUCUCGUUGGUCUCUAGUAUGUGUUUUGUGUCGUGAACGCAAGGGAGCGUGCAUACAGUGCUCUGUAAAGACUUGUAAGACUGCUUACCACGUAACGUGUGCAUUUAAACAUGGACUUGAAAUGCGUGCAAUCAUCGAAGAUGAAAAUGCUGAUGAUGGUGUAAAGCUACGAUCGUAUUGUCAAAAACAUAGUGUUAAUUCUAAAAAAGAUAAAUGUUCGGGCUCUGGUUCAGAGGAGGAGGAGGUGAAAAGAAAGCGCCGGAAGGAUAUGACUUCUGAGGAAAAGACUCAAGCUCGUGCUGCUCGCUUGCAGGAAAUCGAAAGAGAAUUCGAUCGACACGUUAGUUUAAAGGAUAUAAGUUCACAUCUCCUUGAUGUGGAUCAAGACGCUAUACAUUACAUUUACAACUACUGGAAAAUGAAGCGACGAGCAGGGCACAAUCGUCCCUUACUACCGCCCAAGACCGACGACAGCGAACUAAUGACGCACCGCCAAGAACAAGCUGAUCUGGAUAAGAUGAAAAUGUUUGUACAGUUGAGGCAAGAUCUGGAAAGAGUACGUAAUUUAUGCUAUAUGGUGAGUAGGAGGGAAAAGCUCUCUCGCUCGUUUUUUCGGAUGAGAGAACAAACAUUUCAUAAACAGGUAGGGGUACUAUCGGGUGGUGCAGAGUUAGGAGGUCCUGAAUUUGAUGCUGUCGUGCAUGCAAAUCACGGACCAUCAAUCUAUGACCAACUGUAUUCGCACCCUGGUGCACCAAAUCAUAAAAAUAAUUUCGAAGAAUUACUAGCUCGAAUCGCUCCACCUGAAAUAGGAGACGAUAAAAAGAAAGAUAGGAAUGGGUUAGUAAAAGGUUCGAAAACAGCAAAUCCUUAUAAGAAACAUUAUGUGAAUGGCUCUCGCCGCAGUGGCAGUAUGUGUAGUGGGUUGUCAAGUGAAGAAAGUGCGCCAGAAAUGACGCGUUCUGGUAGAUAUCGUGGCAGAGCCAUUUCCAGCACGGAUGAAGACGUAAAGAAACCAAUUUCUCCAAAGAAAAAGGUUUCACCCAAAACUAAGGCUAAACGAUCUCCUAAAAAGCCUGAAAGGAAGAAAAAGAAAGUCCCACAGUCAAAGGCAUUGGUUGAAAGUAGCAGUGAGGAUGAGGGUAUAAGUGCUAGGACAAAGAAAGAUCGAUCUCGUAGUAAGACUCUUCAACAGAUGGAAAAAGAAAUGGCGGCUGGGACAUUAGGCCAGUCGGCCACAGAUAGUGAUGAGUUUAUGCCUAUACGAUCAACGAGAAAUAGUAAGUUCCCUGUUGACAUCUAUUCGGAUAGCAGUGAAGAGGCAACUCCUACGAAAGCUGAUCUCAAAACUAAGGUUAAAACUGAGAAGGUAAAAGUGGAGAAAAUUAAAGCAGAAAAGUCGCCAAGCGCUAACGAUUCCCAACAGCCAUUACCCAGAACUAAAGGAGCUAUGAAAGAAUUCAUUCCGGAACCGGAAAAGAAACCUGUGAUUAAGGAAGAAGAUAAACCUGCACCUAAGAAAAGAGGUAGGAAACCAUCUAAUAAAAAUAUAGCAGACAAAGACAAACAAAUCGACAAAAAGUCUCCAGUCAAGGUUACAGAAACCAUUGGGGAUGAACCGAAACCCAAGGAAAAGGCAGGAAAGCAAAAAGAUAAUCCUACUGAUUUAAUUGUGCCCCAAAGACAGGCUGCUAAGAAAGCCUCUGAGAACAUGCGCUCAACGACUGCAGUGAAGAAAGAGGAACCACAACAAUCCUCUCCUGAAGAACCCAAACUGAAACCUAAAGUGAAAUCAAAGGGCAAAGAAGUGAAGGAAACUGCCAGUACGUCGACUGCUACUCCUGCUAAAGUGGGAAGGAAGAAAUCUUCUAAAGAUAUCGAUAAAGAAACUAUUGCUUAUGUACCUCAAAGACAAGCCGCAAAGAAAGCAGCUGCUCAUAUUAAAAGUGGAUUGGGUAGUAAGUUGCCUGUUGCUGAGGCGAAUGACAAUGAUAAAAAGAAGGAUGGAGAAAAGGCAGAUAUCAUCCAGACGUCACCUAAAAAGUUGGAAGAUAGCAAAAAGCCCCCGUCUAAAGAGAGUUCCAGUUCCUCAUCAUCAAGCAGUAGUAGUUGCUCAUCAUCAUCUAGUUCGUCUGAUGACGACGAUGAGGAAGAGGAAGAAGAACACGAGAAACCUGGCAUGAAGCCAACAGCCAAGGCUAGAGAAAUAAAGCCAGCUGUUGUUAGGCAGCCGUCAAUGUUUUCGCCGCCUGGUUCUAGGCCGACAGUAGACUUGCCCUUUCUCGACAAGGUGUCAAGACCCCUGUCGUCUACAAGUGCCUCGAGUGACGGCGACAGCUCGAAAGAGUCCCGAGGUUCUGGUUCAGACAGCCCCUCACCGAAGCGACCUCGACGAAGACGUAAAGGAAAGAGUCUUUCAACAGACACAUCCCCACGCAAGGCCCCUGACAAGAAGCUUAAAACUUCCGAACGGGGGUCCGAGUGUAGGGUACCAUCACCGAUUGUUGAAGGAGAGGAAUCAAGCCGACCCAAUGCGCGUGCUGCCACGCGUGCUCGGACCAGAAGCACUACUGCAAGCGGAAAUAUGCCUAAUAAGUCUGAUGCCGGAUCGAGAAAAUCAUCUAAAGACGACACCGGUCUUGCCGCUGGGGCCAAUAAAACUCCAAAAGAGAGCGGCCAGUCCCGUGAACUUCCACCUGCGGAGUGGCAAGCGAACAAGGAGGUAAAGAAUGAAAUCAAAGAGGAAGUGGUUACGCCUGAGUUUUCGGAUAUCGACACCAAACCUAAAAUACAUAAGACCAGAAGACAAAGUAUGUACCAUGACGACAAAGAUAAAAUAGAGAUUGUUGUUGAACCGGCACCCAGAAUAAGCCCAAGGAAGAGUGCUGAAUUAAAGCAAAAGGCCGUAACAACUAGAAGAAUGAGUGUAAAAGAAACCGCUCCAGAAGUAUCAAAACCAAAACAAAGAAGGCAAAGCAGGAAUGAGGUUCUUCCUACUCAACCUUGCAAGAAAAAUAUAGAGCCCCUUAAAAGGGCCUUGCUUCUUCAGAAGCCUAGAAAAAUGCAGACGAGUCCUAUCCCAAUUCAUGAUGACUACUCAGAUAAUGAGAAACACUGGUUACCAAAAGCUCCCAGUCCUAACGUUGAUCCACCACCUGUAGAGAAAGCUGGUGGUCCAGAUAAAUACAUGACUGAAGACAAAUCUAUGGAUUCAGAUUCUGCUGACAAGAGUAGUAGUAUUAAAAUGAUAGCUAAGAUUCAAGCUAACUUGAACGAAAACACAAUGAUUAAGUCGCCUAAGACUCCAAUGGAUGCCAGAACAGUAACUUUAGAUCAUAUUGAUGUUGAUAACCCCAUAUCUCGAAAUAUCAGGAAGCAAUCUAUUUUGGAUGCCGAAAAGAAAUUCAUAACUCAAGACGCCAGUCAUGUCGGACAGGGAGUAGAGAUUUCAAAGAGUGCUAAAAUACCAUCUGCAGUUAAUCAAUUCACUAACCGAUCCCUAUUUUCUCCACAACAUAAAGAAAAUGAGUUGUUUGAAUUGGAUAUGCUGGCUGUUGACGACGGCUUCAACCAUGAAGAUAUAAUGAAGCCUUUUACUGCUUAUCCAGAAUUUUUCUUCAAAGAAGACUCAAAGGAACAGGGUGUGCAGGAAACAUUGAAUCUCGUCGACAGGCUUCGAAUGCAGCUAAGUACUAAGAAAGUGCCAACCGAGAAGGAUGAGCCAAUAUUGAUUGGUGAUGAGAAAGAAGAAAGAGAAGAUGAAAAUACUGUCGCAUCUAAUAUUUCAGAACCUGAAGUCAAAGAAGUCCCUAUUGAAUUCGAUGAGAAAAGAUCGCCACCUAAAGAUAAUCAUAUCCCUAUGAACCAUUUACCUCAAACAUAUGCUCCUUCUGAGUUGCCUCUACCUCCUAACGAGUCGAUGAUGGACAGCAAAGAUUACCUUCAACCUAUUCCUAUGACUAGUAAUGACAAGUGGCCUAUUAUAAAUGCGAUGGUCAGAAGUGAUGUACAGGACAGGAUCGAUCUUACUAAUGAGAGGAAAUAUGAUACGUCUCAAUACGUUGAUGAUGUCAAAGAGCCGUUGCCGUCGGAUGUACAAUCCCUAUCCGAAGUCGGUGAUACCAUAUCAAUAUCUAAACAAAGCGAUGAUUCUCAACCAUUGUCAGUUGUGGACCACUCAAUUACCAGCAAUGAUCAGGACUUGACACAAGAUAAUCACAAUUAUGAAAACAAUAAUUCUAUGAUACAUUCAGAUUGUGCUACGAUUUCUUCUCCAUAUGUCAGCCAAGAUUCGAAAUGGAGAGAGAGCAAGAUAACUACGCGAAGGUCGUCUGCUUCUAGUACAAAUUCUGAAGCAUCUGCUUGCUCUCAGAAGACUGAUUCGAAAUCUCAUUUGAACAGUUGUGAUUCACAUCAAGGUAAUGUGAUGCCAGAAAUUGAUUCUUAUCCACCUUUGCCGGCGUAUUCGUGCGCUGUAGAACCGGCGUUGCCACUAAAUCAGUAUAGCACCUACCCAACAGACGCAACUGCCUAUUUGAAUUCACUUCCAUUUGCGCAGUUGCCUCUACCAUCGCCUGGGCCAGGACUGUACGGUGCUGGAUUGCCGUUCACACCGACUGGUCUAUUGCCGCCCAAACCGUUCCCACUUUGUGCGGCUUUCACGACUUCAUCGCAGAAUAUCGCACUCACCACUCAGAUGAUAGCGCCGCCCACACCUAAACCCACAGACUCGCCACGCGACGACCUGGACGUUCCAAGAGAUGAUGGCAGUGAUAAGUACAUACACGUGGUGUCCAGUCCCAGUAUUAGCAUAGAUUCAUUCAAUGAUUCUAGCAACACUAGGCCAGCCACAAAAAUGUCAAACGACAGUAAUGAAACAAUGUCAAGCACAAUUGCAAUCCAAGAUGUCAAAUCACCGCCCAAAGUGGUUAAAACGACACCUAAAUUUCCCGGAAAAUCACCCGGCAAGAGCAGCCCUGGUAUAUCACCUAGGCAAGGCGAUGGGCCCAAGGGCACUAAACGAGCAGGCAGUAGAAACAACCGAAGCCAGAGAGGCCGAGGUCGUUCUAAGAGUCGAGGACAAGGUGUGCACGGCUUCCCGCCUAUGGUUUACAUGGGUAAUUCGAUUCAAAAUAAACUCGUUGGUACGGUCUAUGACUUCAACGAAGAACUCGCGAACGACGGCGUCGAUCUGAAAGCUCUUCGUGAGAGGCGUAAAUCGAUAGAUAUUAGAGACGAUAGAAAAUCAGAGCAUUCCUACAAAGAUACGUCUCCCUCACCGCGCGUCAGCCCUCUGCAGGCGAGCAAGCAUACUCCUACGAUCGAGACCAAAGACGUUAAACCCACUUCUCCUCUACCUUCAGAGCAUACUUCGUCCUCAGGGAAAGUGCCAUCCGACCGCGGCCCCGGAUUCUCUUCGGUGCAGCCGGUCCUUCCGGGCCCGGUGGAUAUGCGCACGUAUCAGCCGUUUGAGAACGCCGUGCCUCCUGCCAGUGAGACUUACCACAGCCAUCUGCUCGAGUUCGCCAGCGGCACCGCCGGCCAACAACUGGUGGAAAUUGAUGAAGAAGUCGAGAAGCAACUGCACACAGCACUGAUGGCCAGCAAGCCGCAACCCGGCUCGGUCACGCCGGCGCCGAUACCCGAGCCGAAGGAGCCUCCCAAAGAGACGUUUGUUCCGCAAUUACCUAAAGUGUCGUUGUCGGAUUCGAGAAACCAAUUGAAAGUGAAAAUCAAGGGUCCUUUCUUAGACGCCAACUAUUCGGCGAGUUCCGUUCAACCCGUCGUCCCGCAGCCGCCGGCGCCCGUGCACGAGACGACCACCACCAUGUUCAACGCCGCGACCGCGUCGUCGGGCUCCGGGAACCUGCGGCGCAUGCGCAAGAAGGAGCUGCUGCGCCAGUACUGGACCCAGGACAUGAACAUGGACGACCCGGCCCACGCCGCCAUGAUGGGCGCCGCGCCCGCGCCCGCCGCGCCGCCGCCGCUGGCCCGCGCCGUCAUCACCAUACCCAAAGCCGUAGCUUCCAUGACCAGCAUACCCACUCGAGAAGAUUACAAAUUCAGCGACGCCCCGGUCGAAAAGAAGAAGCGCAAAACUACCAGUGGCCUCUCCAGAGAAUUGAGGCACUUGGAAGUGAGCAUGAACGACGUGGAUGCAUCGGAUGACGUUAAACUAUCAAACUUUUCGAGCAACACCAGUCAGAACUACAAGAGACGCGGCCGUGUGACCGCUAAACCAAACAAGUCGAACCCUAUUUCACCUCCGGUGGCUAAACUGAAGAUAAAGAUCGGGUCUAACAUAGUUCAGCAAGUGAACGAGGAGCCUUCCAGCUUCCAAUUCCGGCCGCCUAAGAAACGGCUGACGAGCAUACCGAAGCCGAGCUUGGAAGAUCUCCGUCGGGAGAGCAUGAAGUACCGCCGAAUGGUGAUAGCCGAAUUCGAGGAAACUGAGAAAGUGAAGAAGCACAAGCCUAACAAGAGUGAGAAACGUAAGAAAAAGAAGGACAAAAAAGCGGAGAAGUUGUUAGUGGUGAACAGUGAAAGUGAGAGUGCUACUAAAUUGGUAAUCAAGAUAAAGCGCCCCAAGGAGGAGGAGGGUGCCGAGAACGGCGCGGCGGCGGCGGCGGCGGCGGGCCCGAGCGGGGCGGUGGCGGCGGCGGCGGCGGCGCCCGAGCCGCCGGUGGACCCCUUCGAGUACGACCCCACCGCGCCCGACCCGCUGGCCAUCGACCCGCCGUCCUACAGCGAGUCCUCCGCGAUGCGCAAGAUCCGGACCGCCAAGGUGACGCCGAUCCGGUUAAAACUGGCGCGCAGCUCCGCGGGCUCGGGCUACGUGAUGUCGCAGCCGGGCGAGCCGGGCGCGCCCGAGGGCUCGCCGCCCGCCGCCGCGCUGCCGCUCGCCGUCAACAAGCACUGCGAAGUGAGGUGAUACAACACGCGCGCUCGCUGAUGCCGCGUUAACUAUGCUAUCUGAAUACACUCGUUAAUCUCCUGUAAAUACUAGUGGUUACAAAACUAUUUAUAGACAUCUGUAUAUUUUUAAAAUAACAACUAUCGUCAUAAUGAUGUAGUCUAAUAUAUUAUUUAUUUGUAUAAAUGGAAAGCUCAAUGAAUAACUUAAAGUUACUCUAAGAUAUAUGUGUAUAGUUUGUGCAUUGAGUGGUGCACAAGAAAAGUUUUAAUAUAGUAUAGCAAUAUAUAUUUUUGUUAAUGUUACUGUUUUACUUUGUGCCUCAUGUGGAAUCUCAUUAAUGUUGUCAUAAACUAAUCAUGUUGAUGGAUGGAAGUAAUAGUAUAUCGUUUGACGCUCGCGUAUCACAAGUUCGCUACAGACAUCACACCGCCCGCGCGGCCGCGCGGCGGCGGCCUUCAUUGCCAUUCAGAUCGUUCAUUCAUAGUUAUCUCCGGCUGGUUGUGAUUGAUUCUUCACUUCUGUUAUGAUCAUUGUUUACUCACUUAUAGAAGUAUUGUUAUAGAAAUAUACCGGACCACAUAACUUGAAUUCAAACGAGAGCUGUGCUCUUUUACUUGUUAUUCUUAUGUAUUUUUAUGAAAGGCAAAUCAACAAUAUAGAGAUUUAGGGCCAUUAAACUAAAUUAUUUAAUUUGCAUGCGUGAUUAUAAUUAUAUUCCUGAAAUCAAUAGAAUCAUUAUUUUCGUUGAUUUCAAAUAUGUAUAUUAUGUUUGUAGCCUAAACUAUUUAUUCUUCUUGCGCACGUAUAUGUACCAAUUGUAAAUAUGAUGAAUUCGCUUAUUUAUUAAGAUAAUGUGUGAAUAUGAAACAAGGUUUGGAUGCAUAGUUUAGUAAUUUUGGCCAGAGGAGGGAUUUGCAAAUUGUGACUAGCUUGUUAAAAUGUAUGGAAAGUAUACCAAACGUUUGCAAGCCAUGAUGAGUAAGCGUUGAGCCAAUCUUGGUGUCACCUCUGUCACUCACAAAAAUAUAGGAGACGAUUAUUCCUGAAGAUUUGCUGCUGAAUGCCGACUGAAUCAUUGUACUAAACUACUAAAUUAAUGCGCAAAACAGUUCACGCACAGCCAAUACGCAUACAAACAUACUUUCUGAUCCACUCGCGUUAGUGUUAACGUUAAUGAUUGCUUGCUGCACCUUAUUAGCCAUCAACACGUGUGGUGAGCCAAAACGCCCUUUGUUUUCGUAGAUUUACUUCGGUGAACAUGUAACGGGUACUCCAAAUGUGACAAAUUACUUCACAGGCACUUUGAUUAAGAUCUCCAUGUCUUCAGACUUACGUUCGUUGAGCAACACCGAUUUAGGAAGCGUAACGUCAUUAUAAUUAAUAUUAAUGCGAGCAGAAAUCAAUUUCUGGCCGCCGGCGGCUAUCAAUGCGUUUAUAUAUUCGGCAAGUCUGCAACUAUAACGUCCGUAUUCACAAACAUUACUGAGGUCUCACAGUGCGCGUGGACGCAGAGGGCUACACACGAAUCAAUCUCAAAGGUCUAUUCAACGCGGUGCGUUCGAUUUGCUACUUCACAUAAACAAGUAUCGUUUGUGAAUACAGGCGUAAGUGUCAAGGCAUAGUAAUGAUAUGACAGUAUUUCUUCUGCACACCCUGUAGUGAGCGGGCUCUGUGCUGAGAUAUCGGCUAAUAUAAUAACAUCUAAAAUAACAUAUUCAUAUUAAUUACCUUAAUAAAUAUGAAAAGCAUCAGUGGAAAUUUUCAAAAUGUACAUAAUGUAGACUCACCGCGGUUAUAAACCAUAAUACACACGCCUAGUUAAAUCUAGUUUGACAGGUUCAAAAUAUUUAAUUAAAAAAUGAUUGCGAGCACCGGGCCCAAUGGAGAAGUUUCCAAUUUUUUUCUAUUAAUCAAACUUGAAAAUAUAAGUAAAACCACAGAAUAAUAAUAAGUACUUCGUACAGAAGAUUUUCUUCGCGAAGGUAUUUAAAAAAAAAUAUGCUCAAUGUCGUUAACAAUAUGGUGUAAUUUAGCUUGUCUCAAGAGUCGAGCACCAUUUUGUUGACAAACGUCAGUGAUCGGUACUGCGCCGAAGACAUAGGGCUGACUUCGGUAAAAUGAUGUGUGACAUGAGGUGCCAAACUGCGAAAAAUGGCGGAGCAAAUACAUGAAUAAGCAUGAAUAAAAUUAUAUUUUGUGUUUCUCAUAUUAUUCAGGCAGUUAAAAAAUACUGUAGAGUAUUAAUUGCACCACCGUUUUUACAUAUGGUUUAUUGUCUUUACAAUGCAAAUGGGUGAAGAAUACGUGCGUGCGUCAAUACUCGCUCGUGAUUGUCCUGUCGAUUUGGUAUCUCACGAGGGGUAGUCGCGCGUGUUUUGGUUUCGAUGCAAACUCGCGGAGAUGAACAGGCCUGGUAAAACCAAUAAUAAUUGUGAAAUAAUUAUGAAAAUAUCUCUACAAAUAAAGAAGUUGGCCAUGGCCUCAAAGUUGCGCAUAACAAAUAUUUCGCGCCAUUUGAUCGCGGACGUCAAAGCACUCAUUCGGAGUACAACCAAUGAAUCACCCCUGUGGGUCUAGACAAAGUGCAAAUUAUAAUCGCAAACCAGUCGAAAAGCCCCUUUUGUUUGUAUGCAGUUUUGACGGAUUCGAUCAAAAAGUGCGUUUUGUCUAGGGGGGCUGGUCCACUGCUGUUGACAGAUCCAAUUUUUCAGCCAGGGUCACUCAAGAUUCUUUCUUAGUAAAAUUAUUUUGUAACCUUUUUUGGCAUAUCCCAGACCUGGCCAUAUACAAAAAGAAGAAGACUAACAUAAUAAUAUAGUGUCAUUCAGUGGGUGGUAAGCGUUGGAUAAAAUUAGAACGGGUUGCGUGAAUUCAACGCACCGUCUAUGCUUGAAUUCCACGCGAAAGUAUGUAGGUAAUUUAAAUGAUUUAUUUCUCGGCCAUUUCUUAAUAGAUUUAAAAAAAAACUUCACCGUCUUUAGUUUUGGUCUAUAUUUUAAUCCCGUUCAGUGAAAUAUAAUGUUUUCAACAUCAGGAAACUUCUCCAUUGGCUAAUGUUUGCCACAUUGAACCCAUCUUACAUUAUCGUUUAGGUUUUUAACUAUAUUCAAGGUUCGGAAUGUACCAAAGAAUAAAAUUUGAAGUUACUCUGGAAACGGGCAUUAUUACAAUUAUUUUGUGUCUCCUUAUUCACAGAAACAAUCAUUCAUUAACAAAUUGCAACUUGCGUUUUAUAUUAAUCUUACAUUAUAAAUAUUUAAUAGCAAUUGAGUGUGAAUAAAAUUUUAAUCCAUAUUAUUUUUAUUUUACCGAGCACUUGUGACGUCAGAAUUUUAAUUUUGACUAUUGCAAAAUUGUUUUACUAUAGCACGUCACAUUUUAAAUAAAAAUUAAGUGUUUCACAUCAAUUUUUUAUUGCUAUUGUUUAUUAUAAAGUUUUAAAAUAUCAAUUUAUUAUAAAGUUUUAAUCAAAUACAAAGUUAAUUUUUUUCAAACAUUCAAUUGUAAUAAAGCUAAUGGUUUUUUGCUUUAGUAGUCUUUAUCUGUAUCGUUUACCUUUAAUUGUAUAUGUAUCCGUGCUUGUAUACAAAGCAAGCAUUGACUACUCUAAAAACAUACAAAGCAGAUCAUCUGCUAUUUCUAUAAUAAUCUACAACCAAAUACAAAAGUUUUUAUGAAAAUCAUAAUAAUAUUAUUAUAUAAAACCUAAUUUCUUCAACACUUGCAUAUCAUUUUGACAACUAUUUUAAUUAGUAUAAGAAUAAAAUUAACUGAUUGUAUACUGACUGAUUUGGGCGUUUGUUUGGUUGAAAGCAUAGUUUACACAUAAUUUGUGCAAUAUUCGGCAAUACUCAUCGCAUAGUCAUAACGUGUGGGAGUACACGGGGUGUGUUAGGUUUAAGUGCAUGCUCGUUAAGUGUACAUUCGUAAGUGAAGUCUCACAAACUCCUCCCUUGUAAAUAGCGACGUUUUCACUGCUGAGACAGUGUCCACCUAACGCGUUUACGGUUUGGCUUGCUAUAUGCACAUGGUUUUUGUAACGGUAUGGGCUGACCGACAAUUACAGCGCGCAAAUACAAGUCGACUCGUAAACCUCGUUCUCGUUCAUAGAUACAAAUAUUUCACAUGUUAAAUGAAUAAAAGAUAUAAUUAUUGUAUUUGAUCUUGUUAGGUUCAAUUUCUCGUGUACAGACAGUAUUGAUGGAUGAUAAUAAUGCAAUGGUACAACAUUAUAUCAAUCAGGACAUUCGGACACUGUCACAAGAAUAUAGGAUAAUAACCGGGUUCCGCUUGGCCUCUAGUUCAUUGAAUUAUUAGGUCGAUGGGUGCCGGGAAUAAAGCCACAAUCGACAAAACACAAUUUUACAGGAGACGAGAUUUAGUGUCAAUUUUGAAUAAUUCUAAACUACGAGGCGUAUCAAAACGGUUUGUAUAUCAAACGAUGCGUUAUUUUUUCUGGAGUGACAUUGAAUGUGCAUAAGGUUAUAGUGCUUAGAAUAUACUUUAAAAAAGGUAGAAAUACAUAUUGCCGCUUCAUACAUUGAAAGUCGGUUCCGUAAGAGUCCAUUGUGGUUUUAUUCCGGUAAAAAGUGUGCAAUUAAUCAAACAGCAAUAGUGUAUUGCAGCCUCGGGCGCUGAUCUGAAGGAUACAGUAAUAGCCGUUUGCUUGUAGAAGAUUUAAAUAAAUGUUUUAACAUUGUAUCAAUCACUGAGUCAUAGACCUUAUUGUCUCUUAUGAUUUUUUGUAUCUGUGAAAAACUGUAAAUGAAACCUGUUUUGAGACAAAUAAAUACUUUCUAUUCUAUUCUAUAUGGCACGAUUAUUCCGGUCAACAAAUUUUAAAUGAUAAAUGGGAAUAACGAUUCAAUAUCCAUAGUGCUUUUGGUAAAUCAGGCAGUUUCAAAGAUAAAAUUCUGAAAAAAAUUCAAAAGGUGUAUAGGGACCAGCAGUUUACUAAAAUCACUUAAUCGGAAAACUGCUGCUAUGGCUAUUGCGGCUUUAUUCCAGGCACCCAUCGAGGUGAUCAGAUUAAUUUAUGUGGGGCAGAAUGCUCGCUUAGGUUUAGCAAAUGAUUCAACGUGACGUUGUUUCUUUACUGAUCAGACUUUAGUUUCUGUUCUCGUCUGUCAAGAUAUUGCUUCACGCGUCUAGUAUGGCUAUAAUAUAAUAUGAGUAUUUAGGAUGUAAUAUGUUUUUUUAUACUUUUGUAUGUUUUUUACUGCUAAACUAAAUUUUAGCCAGUAGUUUACGUUUCCGUUGCCGGCCGUAAAGUAUUUCGCAGAUGGUUCCAAGUUAUGCAUUUAGAGUAUUUACUCGAUUUAUUGAUAGCUUCACAAUUGGAACUUUGUUUACACGGUCACGCUAGACGCUCCAUAUAUACAAUAGUUAUUUCUAGUAUGUUUCCAUAUAUAUAAUAGUUAUCUUAAUCUGCACAGAUUUAUCGUUGACGAAAUAGCCUCAAUUCAUAUUAUAACGAAAUGUUAUAUAGCAAGAUUAAUUUACACUACCUAUAUAAACAUCAUUUCACAAAAAUAAUAGCCAAAUAUUUUUUUGUUCUAUUGUUAGUAUUUUAGUAGAUCUAAUUAAAUUAAAUAUGUAGUAUUAUAGUUCGCUGAGUAAACUGUUUAAGCUUUGCAGCCGAUGAAUGAUUUUAAGAAUACUUCUGUUGUCUUUAUGGAAUGUUUGGGCGUUUUUCCAUUACAGUGCAACACGCCCAUUUGUUACGCGGUCGUGCCCUCGUACAUAGCAUAUAGGCACUCAAUUACAGAAACGAAUAAUUUGAUUUUAAUCAUUGGUCCAAUAUAAUGAGUUACUGAGCUUUAUAUUCAUAAAAUUACUAUUUAGUGUAUGUGAGUGCAUCUUGCAGUUACAUUUAAGCUUGUACAGAAUAUAUUUAAUAUUGGCUAAAUAAUUCGCAGUUGAGUAUUAUUACUGCGUUUGUAGACUCGUGUUAGUGAGUAAUGUUAGCUUGUCCUCCCUUGUUGGCUCGGUAUGGCGAGGCGAGCCGCCGCGCCGAGUCGCAUCUCGGCUGGCAGUUCGCUACAGAUAACUUGUAAAAAUAUGCUUCUUUCAGUAAGUAGAUACUCAGUAAGUCAUUGAUCAUGCAUUAAGAAUUGCAACUUUUGUUACCAUAAAUUUUAAAAAAUAUAUAUUUAUUUAUGAUAGGAUUAUAAAAUUUGUUUAAAUUAGCGGCUAUCAUAGUGACACGUUGUAGGGUAAUUGAUUCGAUAUUGAUUAAUUUAGUCGAAGGUUUGCGAGCUUAGCAUUAUAGCUUAGCGUCUAAUUAUUGUACCACUCUUUUCCAUACAAUUGUUGAAGAUUUCAAUAGUAUAGAAAACUAUAUCAUUAAAUUGAUGACUAAAUUUGUUGAAUAUAGCUUCCGGGUUAUAUUUUUCCAUUUAAUACACUCCAAAAUCCCUCGAUUCAAUUUUGAUCUGUACAACAAAUGUUUGACUUCAUCUUUGUCUGUGGUUAAAUUACUAAUUUCUAAACCCCAAAUUAGAGCUUAAUUAUAAUAAUUAACACAUUAACUUUUUGACAUUUUUUGUAAAAAAAACUAUUGUAAAAAGAAUGUAUAAUAAUAAGGAUGUUUGAGUGUUUAAUCAUAGACAAUGUAUGACUAAACUGUAUUAUAUUCAUAAUUAAAGUUGUAGAUUAAGAGAAAUAAUUUUCUAUAAUUAUAAAUAUAUUGAAGCUCCUGGGUGCUCAAUAUCCAAAAUAACACAUAGAACCAGUUUUAUUCAAUUGUCUUUUUUUGUUAUAACAUGUAAUUAUUAUGUAUGAUGAUGACUUUGAUAUUUAAUUUUUUUCGGAUCCUAGGGAAAAGGUGUUUAUUGUAAAUAUUAAUUUAUUUUGAACCGUAACUUAUAAUGUUAAUAAACCACAAUAGCGUAGGCGCUCGUCACUAGUGUAGUAGUCGUAAUUGGUGUCUAAAGAAGAGAAUAACUAUGCGAUUCUUAUUGAUGUAAGUGUACGAUUGGACGACCGCUGUCCCAUGCCGAACAAAGAUAUUUUACACACAAGGUAUCAGAGAGUUCGUCACUAAAUGCUUAUUAUUAUGUAAGUAAUAUGAAAACAACAAAAAUCACAUUUAGCAAGUCUUCCUAUCGAUGUUAUUGAAUGUAGUAUGUGGUUGGAACUGUUGAAUGUCAGUGUUUGCUGUAUUAUUAUUUGCUCUACAGAAUGUUUCAAUUUUGUGUUUUCAUGUUACGGAUGUUGGUGUCAGUCUUGUACGUUGCACCGCUCCAAACAUUGUUACACUAGCAAAAUAUUCACUCUGUUGCUCUCGUAUCGUGUUAUUAUUAGUAUAUUAGACGAAUACAUCCCGCUCUUGACGCACAAUAAUCGCAAGUCCGAAACAACAUCACAUUGCAAACUUGUCCAUCAUUACCUUGUAACUGUGAUUUGUUUUAUGUUUAUUGUAUGUUUAGCAUAAUUUUGUAUUUGAGAUUCCGAUUGCGAGGAAUUAAAAACUUUUUAAAUUGUACAUAAAUGUUUCAUAAGAGUUUUCUUGUGUUUAUAAAAUAUUUUUUUAUAAAUGAUGUAUGUACUUUUUUGAUAUUUUAACAAACGUGCGUAAUGAUUUUGGUACUAUAGAAAACGAUGUUAUUUAGCGUGCUUUAAGCGCAUGGUUUUAUAUAAAGUAUUUUCGUUUACUGAGUGUUGACUAUUGUAAGAGAGUUGUAUGGAAUUGUAAUUUAGUUAAUACAGUAUAAGAGACGUUGAUAGUGUGUAUGAUCCUCGUGUUCGUUGGCGCUUACGUGAAUCCCACAAAUGUGAGCAGGUUUUAUUUACUAGAUUAGUUGUAGUAAAGCUUCGACAGAUCGUCGCGGUAGCUCAGUUUUGGUUUGUGGUAUUUAUGUAAUGCCGAGUAUGUAUAUGUGUUUGUAUGGUACUGUUAGAUUGUGCCACAGUCGCAGUUUCAAUGUUAGACGUAAAGCCAUGGCUGAGCGACUCGUACCAGUCAUUAGUAUAGAGAAAUCGACACAUAAACAUAAUUAUUUAUAUUGUAGCCGAUGUAAUCUGUUAAGUAUUAGAGAUAAGAGAUUAAAUUCUUAUACCAUUAUCCGUAUAAGUAUUACGAUCAAUAUUUCCAUUGUUUUUAAAACUAGAUUGUUAGUGGUUAUGUAAGAGUAACUUGUACAAACUACUUAUGUACAGCAGUUAGAUUAAGCGGAUGAGCUAUUCCUGGCGAGCGGGCGGAUAGUGUAUCGAGGGUUUUGUAAAUACUGUACAAGUUGUCUUGUAAUAUAACAAGUGUUUUCAAUGUGCACAUAGUCGCCUCAUUCAAUAAUAAAUUUUUUAGAUCAAUUAA